AUGUACCGUUUUAUAAUCACUGGGCUCAAGGAAAUUGUUCAAAUUACUGAUCGCUGUGAUGUUGAAUUUCUCAAAGGCCCUGAUAUGGCCCGCAUAAAGGUGCUGAGUGAUCCUGAAUGUCGGCUGGCGGUACUGGUUGCAAUGGAUGGAACUAUAGCUGCUGUGGGCAAAGUGGAAGAGGUUCUUAAGGUACAAAAUGGGCAGCCGGUCGAAGGUUCGCUGAACACACAGGGAGGUGAGCAAGGCUCCCAUUAG